UUUUCAUGUUAACUAUCUGAGGCCAACGGGGGAGAGACAUUGUCUGAAAUAGUUCUACAUUUUUUAUAAUUGUUUUCAAAAGUUAGCACCCUUGCGCAAAAGAAUGUAACCCUGCGAACAAAGCACAAGUAAGCCUUUUGCCCUAUGAAAUGCAAAACUAGGGGUCGGGUAUGUAGAUUAGUGGCGUCACUACACAAUGCAGCACUUUCAAACGGUCUCAGUGCGUGAACCUAUUCCUUUAGUACGUACAUAUACGUUCUCCUGUCUCUUUGCUUGCCAACGCAGUUAUGGAUGCUUCUGAGGCGCAGGGCGCUUUGCUUCAGCUUAUCCGUCAGGCAGCGGCAGGUGCGGCUCCCCGCGCUGAUAGGGAGUCAAGCGGGGCGUCUAGUCACAACUCGUCUGUCUGUUCCGAAACAGACGAAUCUAUACCCAGCCAGCCAGACGUCUCUACUCUUCUCCAAGCCAUUGUAUCUGCAGCAAACCAGUCUACAGCUGACAAACGCUCGGCCGUCUACUCGUCUGUUCCUGGGUGGGAAGACGCUAUCCCAUCGCCAGAGGACAGCGAGUUUGAUCGGUACAGGGCUCACCUGGAGAUACACCUGCCAGGAUUCGUGUAUUUUGAGAGGGAGGCACUCAAGCGUACUCAAGGCAAGGGACGAUCGGGCAGAAGCUACUUCUGUAGGCAGAUACGCAAAACUAUAACAGACCAUGGGAUUACCGGGGAGCGCCACAUCAACCUGGACAAGGCUGUGGAUCAGGUGCUUCUGUAUUGCCCUGCCCUUGAGAGGUCUACGGAUGAGAGGGAGGAGAUUAAGCGUAGGAUCGGAAACAGUCUGAACUGCCAACGAAGGCACCAGAAUUUCAAGCGUGCAGGUGACAAUUAUGUCAAAGGUCCUUGCAAGCGACGCGGGGAGAAGAAAGCCCCACCCGCCGAGGAGGAGCGGCAGGAGACCCGCCCCAAAGGACGGUCCAAGAAAAUCGGAGAGAAAACCUGGAAAUUGGGGGAUGAAGUCGAGCUUCUUAUGGAGGACGCUGUAGUGGGCCGGGGCAUCGUGGUGAUGUUAGAAGUGAAGGAUACAGAUACCCAGGAGAUGAAUGAGGGCGUUGGCGGCGUGCAAGUGACGGAGAAGACGGAAGCCGGGGAAGAACCCGAUAAUCGCUCUGCCCACGUGUCCUGGGAGCUGCACAGCGCAGCUGAUAACUUUAGGUGGGGGGACGUGGAGAUUGGUAAUGUUGUCUCCUGGGACUGGGUCAAUCUCCGCCACAAGGAGAAGGAGCUAUCUAGAAACGUGAAAGUAGACAAAUGGGUAGGAGUCGCUUAUGAUGAUGGUGUCUAUGUCGGGCAGGUACAAAAAGUGAACAAGAAAGGCCCAGUGGUGAAGUAUUUGGAAUAUGUUGGGGAGGGAAAGGCAGGGGGUAACUAUAUGUGGCCGAGGAAGGACGACAUCGACACGCCCAACAAAGAGUACAUACUUAUGAUGGACGUGCCUGUUGUUGAAGGCACGAAAGAGGGUUACUUCAAUGUGUCUUGCCACGAGGCAUUGAAGAGUAUGUAUGAUGAUCACACUGGAGUUUAGGGCGUUUAGAUGACAACACUGUCACAGUGGUAGUUUUUUUUUUGUUUUGUUUUCAUCUUGUCUUUAUUCAGCGAUGAAAAAUUUACAUUCAAAAGGUACUGAUUAGUAGGAACAAGGUCUGUGUAUAAUGUCCUUGGUAAGAGUGGUAGUCUUGAGCUGUAAUAAUUGAAUACCUGUGUAUCUUUUCUGUCAAUGUUGAACAGUAAAAGCGUCAUAUUGCAAACAAUUUGUGCUUACGUCGCUUACAUUAGUAGUAAAUUACCAAGCAUUCACCGUGAUGACGUGUGUUAAGUGGGGUAUAUAGUAUACACACUGUGUAAUACUUUUUUAAAAGAGACUGAGUUCAGAGCUUCUUUGUGAUACAAAACUAAGGAUUUCCAUACUGUCUUCCAAUGCAAUAAAAAGUUGUAAACCUUUCCCAAAGGCCUUGUCAAAUGAGAUUAAAGAUAGAAUUGAAAAUUGAA